AUGUUCAAACGGUUCUUCAGCACCACACCGGGGUUGCGGGCAUCGCUCACGCCUGCCAAGGUCGAUGGUCGCAAAAACCUUAAGACCGUCGGCUGGAAAAUGUACGCCUACUUCCAUCGCCACAACACCGUGUGCCUGCUCGUUGAGGUCGUCGAAGACUUGGACUUCAUGAAGAAGAACCAACACUUGUCUUACAACGAAAAGGUGUUGUACUACAUGCAACUCCCCCACCACCCCAAACUUCACAUCACUGCUGGUCAGCUUGGUUUCCGCAAGGCGCAGCGACAAGAAUACGAAGCCGGGUUCCAGGUGGCGCUGAAGUUGUUCCGGACCAUCGAGGACGAGAAGUUGAUUGGGCCUAAGGACAAGAUCGAAUUGAUCGUCAAGGAUUUUGGCAAAGGCCGUGACGCGUUCUUUGCCGCUUUGCAAGGCAAGGAAGGGACCAACAUCCGCAAGUACAUCGACCGGAUCUACGACAACACCAAGUUGAAGUUUGGUGGUAACCGUCCCAAGAAACUCAGAAGAUUGUGA